AUGGAACAUUUCGAAAAAACUACGACCAGAAACGUAGACGGCCGUUUCAUAGUGCGGUUGCCGAUCAAGGAGACGAAACUACAGCAACUUGGUGAAUCACGCAGCACAGCAUUGAAAAGAUUUAUUGCUAUGGAACGUAAAUUACAGAAGCAACCACAACUAAAGGCGCAAUAUGCACAAUUUAUGUCGGAAUACUUAGCUUUAGGCCAUAUGGUACGUAUCGAUGAGCAGCAAAUACCUCAGCAGGCCCCACGCUACUACAUACCACACCAUUACGUGCUGAAGGAUAGUAGUCUAACCACAAAACUACGGGUAGUGUUCGACGCUUCCUGCGACACCAGCACAGGAAUAUCACUAAAUGAUUGCCUUAUGGUAGGGCCAACGUUGCAGCAAGAUCUCUUUAUGAUCCUAUUACGAUUUCGUACAUUCGUAUAUGUAAUCACAGCUGAUAUAACUCAGAUGUACCGUCAAGUACUCAUUGACGAGGCACAAAUCUUCUUGCAAAUGAUUUUCUGGAGGAACGAUCCAAAGGAUGAGAUAUCUUUAUUCGCACUACUAACCGUAAUAUAUGGAUCAGCAGCAGCAGCUUUCCUAGCGAUUGCAUCAAUCAAGAAAAUAGCAACCCUGGAAAGGAUAAACUAUCCAAUAGGAGCAGCAGCUAUUCUCGACGAUUUUUAUGUUGAUGAUUUAUUAUCAGGAACUGAUACCAUUGCCGGAGUCAAGCAGAUACGUGACGAAACCACCAAGAUAUUGAGCAAGGCUGGCUUUCAGCUCAGAAAAUGGGCAUCCAAUUGUCCUGAAGUACUAGAAGAUAUGUCGAGCGCAGAUACUGGCGAACCCAUUCACUUCAUCAACAGAAACGAAGAAAUAUGUACACUAGGCAUGCAUUGGAAUACGUCAAACGACAGUUUCAAAUAUGACAUCAACAUUUCUGAUUCUCGCAAGGUGACUAAACGAAGUAUGUUAUCAGCAUUGUCCAAAAUAUUCGAUCCAUUGGGACUUCUUGGACCAAUCACACUCGUUGCCAAGAUACUCAUCCAAAGAGUAUGGAAGCAUAAUUUGGCAUGGGAUGAAACUGUGCCCAUGGACAUACAUACCGCAUGGUUACAAUUUCAAGAUCAGUUAAGUAUAAUUCACAACUUCACCAUACCAAGAUAUGUAUUAUGUAAGCAAGCUUCUAGGAUUCAAAUUCACGGCUUCGCUGACGCAAGUGAAAAGGCAUACGGAGCAUGUCUAUACGUCAGAAUUACUAAUCCACAAGGACAGCAUUCAACGCAGCUGCUAUGUUCUAAAUCUCGAGUAGCGCCGUUGAAAACGAUUACAUUGCCACGCUUAGAGUUGUCCGCUGCAGUCCUACUAGUGCAAUUAGCAGACAAAGCAUUGAAAUCAGUACGCCUUGAAAUAGAGGAUGUAGGCUAUUGGACAGACUCAGAGAUUGUGUUGCAGUGGAUAAGGGCAACUAACAAAAGGUGGAGUGUUUUCGUCGCAAACAGGGUUGGAGAAAUUCACAGGCUCUCCCGACCGACUCAAUGGUAUCACGUGAGCUCAGAAUUUAAUCCAGCUGACUAUGUAUCAAGAGGAUCUUUUCCGGCAUCGUUGAGUAACGCAAGUCUGUGGUGGUCUGGUCCAUCAUGGUUGCAGCACGAAGCUCAAGAUUGGAACACCAAUAUACCACCUCUAUUAGGAGAAAUACCAGAGCAGAGGCCAACACUCACGUCUAUAGUCACUAUUGACGACAAACAUGAAAUAUUCACAAGAUUUUCAUCUCUAAACAAGCUAAUUAGAGUCAUCGCUCUUUGCAUCAGAUUUAUCACUAACAUUAGAAGCAAGCCAGAAUCUAGAAUUAAAGAUCGUUUAACCACACAGGAAUUAUUUGAAUCCAAUCGUCGUCUUAUAAGAAUCAUUCAGCAAUCAGCAUUUAAACAAGAACUGCACUCCCUUAAGGCAAAUGGAUGUGUGUCACGCAAAAGCAAAUUGCUUAGUUUAGCUCCAUUUAUUGACGAACAAGAUAUCAUAAGAGUAGGUGGACGACUUCGGAACUCAGCAAUCUCACCUGACAAGAAACAUCCCGUCGUAUUACCUGCUGAUCAUCCCUUCACGCGUCUCGUUAUAGCGCAUGAGCAUCGCAAGCAGCUCCACGCCGGAGCACAGACAACGCUGGCGGCCGUGCGAGACAAAUACUGGCCUUUAUCAGCUCGAAACAGCAUCAAGAAACACAUCAGACAGUGCAUUACUUGCUACAAGGCAGCUCCACGUACAUCCGAAACAAUUAUGAGUGAGUUACCUUCAUAUACAGUCACACCAUCCAAGCCAUUCGCACACAGCGGCGUUGAUUAUUGCGGGCCAAUUCACAUAAAAUCUAGCCAACUUCGCAAUGCUAAAUUAGUGAAGACAUACAUAGCCAUUUUUGUAUGUUUAUGUACAAAGGCUGUACACAUUGAAUUGGUGAGUAGCUUGUCCACAGAGGCGUUUUUAAAUGCUCUCAAACGCUUCAUCGCUCGUCGAGGUAAAGUAUCAUGCAUAUACUCGGACAACGGUACAAACUUUCAAGGGGCAGCAAACUCGCUAAAGGAAUUCUAUCAAUUGCUACAUAAUAAACAUCAUCAAGAUACAGUAGACACGACUUUAAAGGAAGACAACAUAGAGUGGAGUUUCAUACCACCUCACGCCCCUCACUUCGGUGGUAUAUGGGAAGCAGCGGUAAAAUCUGCAAAAAAUCAUCUAAAACGCGUUGUAGGUGAUGCUGCAUUAACUUUCGAGGAAAUGUAUACGGUACUUGCUCAAAUAGAAGCAGUUAUGAACUCGCGUCCUUUGACACCCAUUUCCAAUGAUCCUAAUGAUCUUUCAUACCUAACACCCGGUCACUUCCUAGUUGGAGACUCUCUCACGUCCACUCCACAACAAGAUGUCAGUCGGGUGCCGAUUAACAGGCUUUCGCGCUGGCAGCGUAUUAAUCAAAUCUACCAGCAUUUCUGGAAGCGCUGGAGUUGCGAAUAUUUGCAGCAACUUCAACAACGUACUAAAUGGCGAUAUUCUAAAGGGCUACAAUUAACCACCGGCGAUAUGGUUAUGAUACGAGAAGACGAUUCCUCUCCGUUGAAAUGGACUGUUGGGCGUAUAGAGAAUAUUUACCCUGGCGCAGAUGGAAUAGCCCGAGUAGCCUCGAUCAAAACUAUUAAAGGAACUUAUAAGAGGCCUAUUACUAAAUUAUGUAUCCUUCCAUUGCAAAAGGAGGAUUAG